UAUAUAUAUCUAUAUAGUAUAUCAAUGGUAGACGGCUUGUAAAAUCUUUAUUCAGAUUAUAUGAAGAUUUAAAAACGAAAGUAGAAAUGGAUUCUUAUAAAGUUACUGGAAUCAUUGCCGCACCCUGUACUGCUUUCAAAACAAACGGGGAUAUCAACACCGAUCCCGAUCUAAUGGACAGAUAUAUCAAAUUUCUACAAGAUAUGAAAAUAACCGGUGUCUACACAACCGGCACAAAUGGUGAAGGACCUUCUUUGACUGUGGAAGAAAGGAAGGCUGUUACACAACUCUGGAUAGACAGAGCUAAAGGGAAGUUGACGAUUAUUGCUCAUGUUGGAGGCUGUAACCAGCGUGAAGCAAUCGAACUUGCAGCCCAUGCUGGUAAAGUCGGUGUUGAUGCAUUCGCGUGCAUGGUUCCGUCGUUCUUUAAAGCUAAAACUGAAGAGGCAGUCGUGAGUUUUCUGGAGCCUAUAGCCGCCGCAGCACCUACAGUGCCAUUUUAUUAUUAUGAUAUCAAUUUCCUUACGGGAGUAUACUUAAACUGCCGGCGUGUUUUAGAGCUUGGUAAAUCAAGAAUUCCAAAUUUAAAAGGAGCAAAAUAUUCUUGUCGUGAGAUGCCCGGAUUAUUUGAUACGUCAUUAGUUGAUGGAAUGCAAGUGAUGUCAGGUACAGAUGACCAAUUUCUACCAAUACUAUCACUAGGAGUUGACGUUCCCAUUGUCAAUGGUUAUGUUGGUACAAUAUUUUAUGAUUUAUACGAAGCAUAUAAAAAUGGCGAUAUGAAAACAGCAAGAAAACACCAGGAAAGAGCCAUUCGAUUAUCAAAAAUCCGAGAAGCCCAUGGGGGUGGUAUUGGUUCGGUGAAAGCCAUCAUGAAAUGUUUCGGCUUCAACCUAGGGCCAGCACGGCUACCGGAAGUGACGUUUACAGAUGCGCAAGUCGAGGCUUUGAGACAGGAUUUGAAGAAGAAUGAAUUUAUCUAGUGGAGGGAAUGAAAAUGGAUUUUAUUAUUGAACUGUACUGAUCAUGUAAUGAUGAUUGUUUUUCAAUCGUUUUUAAAGAUAUUAUCUAUUAAAUAUGUUUAAAUCUUUUCCAAA